AUGGAUCGAUCACAAGCUACGAGUGCCAAUCUCAUGGACACACAUAACAGGCUCAUCGCCGAUAUCCUCACCCACUAUCGCACGCUCAUGAUGCUUGCAACCAUCCAAGCUGAGGGCGAGCGCAGCAACAGCAACCCCGAAACGAUUUCCGUAGCGGGAAUCUCGAUGGAGAUGGCCUUUGACGGUUUGUACUCCUCCAUCAAAGAGCUUCUAGCCCUAUCCCGCAGAAUCAAGGAGCUCUGGGUCUUUGGGCCCCUCAACCAGAGCGACACUCAAUCCCAGGCAAAGGAAGACCGGAUUGAUCGCGAUGUCUCCGAGGUGGCAGGUCUUCUCGACAUGAUUGACGCAAAUGCCAUGAAGAAGCUCGCUGAGCGCUGCGGAGGGACGUGGGAGCUGCAAGAAAGGCCGACAGAGACGGCACCGACAACCGGAAGCUAG